AUUCAAUUUCAGAGCAGAAUGUGAUGAUGACGACGAUGUCGAUGGAGCCUCACCGCUAAAAGACAAAAUUCUCUCACUACAGCCGCCCGUAAAGUACUAAAUACCCACUGACAAACAUACAUGGCCACUGCCCACCUUCACUUCCAAACGCAGCCCCUCAAACCCAAGCGCCGCCGCCGCCGGGAAACCACAAUAACCGCCUCCACCGCCGUAGAUUCUUCGUCGCCGGCCGAUUCUUUUUUAGCAGUUCGAAAUCCAGGAAACCGUAGUGUCGACGCUUCAAUUGCAGUCUGCGCGGAUAAUCCCCAAUCAAAACCACCGGCCGGCGGCGGCGGGUCGUUGUCUUCCUCCCCGUCCUCCUCCCGGACAGAUCUGAAGAUCGGUUACCCUCCCGCCGCCAUGGAUUCCUACACCAACGGCGGGGCGGCCCCGGGGAACUCCGCCCUAGAUCAAUUCCCGUCGUCGUUGAGUAAAUUCAAUUCGGCGCUCACGGCGGGGCUCCUCUCGCCGCCGCCGCCUGCGGCGGAGAAAACCCGGUCGAGCCCGACGCUGUUCGAAAUGAUGGCCAACGAAACCGAUUGCCAUCCAAGAGCCACAACCCUAAUCCAAAACGGCGUCGUUCCGAUCCCAAAUCACCAAAACGGCGUCGUUCCGAUCCCAAAUCAACUGAAACAAUCCCCUACAAUGCUCGCGGGGAACCCACCGCCGCCGCCGCAGCCGAAAGACCGGCAGGCAUUAGUGCAGCAGCGACUUAUGGAUCUCCUACAAUCCCGGAGCCCAGGAAAUCAGUUCAACGACGCGAUUUCCGGCAACGUGAAGCUGACUUUGAGUUCCAGGGAUGGGAUCAGCGUCUCCAUAAGCGUUCACAGGCAGAUCCUGGUGGCGCACAGCCGAUUCUUUUCUUCGAAAUUGAAUGAGGAGUGGGUUAAGCAGCAGAGCUCCGGGACCUGCAUUGUCGAGAUCGCCGAUUGUGACGAUGUCGAGGUUUACAUCCAGACUCUCAGAUUAAUGUAUUGUCGUGAUUUAAGGAAAAAUCUCAUCAAAGAAGACGUUCCUCGUGUGCUCGGAAUUCUCAAGGUCUCGUCGGCAAUUGGAUUUGACGCGGGAGUGUUAUCUUGCUUGGAGUAUUUAGAAGCCGCGCCAUGGGCUGAGGACGAGGAAGACAAGGUAGCUUCGCUGUUAUCAGAGCUGAAGCUCAAAGGCAUCGGGGCCGGCGAAGUUUUAAAGAGAGUUUCAGUGGAUGCAAAAUCGAGCAAUGUGGAUGGAGAUACUAACGAGGAAGUGCUCGUAAAGCUAUUGCACGUCGUUCUCGAAGGAAAAGAUGAGAAGGCGAGACGAGAAAUGAAAAAUUUGGUAUCCAAAAUGCUGCACGAGAAUUCGUCGAAGAACGACCUCAGUAAGGAGUCAUUGUACUCUGCUAGCGACGGCUGCCUGAAACUGCUCCGGCGCCAUUUUCUAGAGGCAGCGGAAGGGAACGUGGAAGAGGUAAGCAAGAUAGCGAGGCAGGCCGAUAAUUUACACUGGCUUUUGGACAUUCUGGUCGACAGACAGAUCGCCGAGGAUUUCUUACAGACGUGGGCGUCGCAAUCGGAGCUGUCUGAAGCGCAUUCGAAGGUGCUGGUGAUCCAUAGAUACGAAAUCAGCCGGGUUACGGCGAGGCUGUUCGUCGCGAUUGGGAAGGGGCAGCUCUUGGCUUCGAAAGAGGGGCGAUGUUCGUUACUGCAGACGUGGCUCGCCCCGUUUUACGAUGAUUUUGGAUGGAUGAGACGCGCUGGGAAGGGGCUAGAUCGGAAUUUGGUCGAGGAGGGCCUUAGCAACACGAUACUCACUUUGCCGAUGUCUUGGCAGCAAGAGAUUCUUCUGGCGUGGUUCGACCGGUUCGUCAAUUCCGGGGAUGACUGUCCAAAUAUCCAAAGAGGGUUCGAAGUUUGGUGGAGGAGAGCUUUCUCGAAGCAGCGCAACGGCAACGGCAACGGCGAUCUUAAGAAACCGCAAGAAAUGCGAAUUACCGUCGAGAAAUCUUGAUUCUCAACAAGUAUUUUUUUUCAUUAAUUUUAUUUUAAAUACUGCACGUUCACGCCUUGUGUUAAGAAAUUGGGUCAAGAUUUUGUCCAAAUUCGAACUUUGUUCGUUGUUAAUAUUCAUUCUUUCUUUAUAACCUGCAGAAA